AUAAAAAGGUUUCCGGUUUGCAGUCCGAAUUUUCAGGUCUCUCUCCAAACAUCUGCCUAAACGCCAUCCCCAAACGCAAAAUGACAACCUCUUUCCCUCGCUUGCUCUCCACCGCAUCCAACCCUACUCUCCUCCGCACCGGAUCCGAACACCUGACUCGUUCUGUUUCCAACUCAGUGACACGUCUCCUCUCCUCCUCGACUCAGCACCACCACAACAACACCGUUAGGGAUCAACCACAGACACCGGCGCCAGAAUCUCUUAAACAAAGCGAAAAGGAAGAAGAAGAAGAAGAUGACGGCGACGAAAUUGAUCUGAACAAAGAAACGGGCGAGGUCGGUGGACCCAAAGGGCCUGAGCCCACAAGUGGCUGCUUCUGUUGCUUUUGGUUGAAUUUCGUCGUCGGCGUUGCCGUUUCCGUUUGGCUUCACGUUAUAGCAACAACUUUGGUUUGGCUUGGCAGGUUUUGGUGUCUUGCUGCAAUUUGUUAGACUGUGAUGGUAAAUGAAGUUGUUGAGAAAUCAGUUGAAAUGAAGAUGAAAAUUACUGUUAUUAUUGUUAGUUUUGUGUAGGAGUUUAAUUAGUAAAAUUUUGGUUUGUUAGUGAAACUUAGAAUGAAUUGGUAAUGUAAUUCAAUUAAUUGAGAGGUUAAUUAGUAUGAUAGAAAAAAUGCAAUGGAAAUUUUUACAGGACUGUUAUAUAAA